GUUUGGCAGCUGCUCGGCUAAACCCUAACGAUCAUGGAUCCGUAAUCAUGCAUGUCAAUAAGUUGUGCAUGGUUGAAGGCGAAGAACUCCGGAAAGACCAGCUCUCCGCCAUUCUUUGUGGUUUUGGCGACAGAGCUAUCCUGUCAGUUAGGAUACACUCAAUCUCAUACCGCUUUAGCCGUCUUGCUAGUAGGUAGUCUAGCCGGCUACCCAAUCGCUUUCCAUACUUUACUAAGUACGGUCAGAGCAAUUCAUACCCUGAACCUUCCAAGGCAAAAAUUUUUUUUGUAAGGAAAAGAGAAAAAUAAAAAUAAAUGGGAUACAAGUCAAAUGACACUGAUUAGCCAACCAUUUAGCACCCCCCAAAAAAAUAACAAUAAGAAUAUCAGGUAUACUACCUCCAGGUUAGUCAAAACUUGCGAAAGUUCUGAAAUAGUCCAAGUAGAAAACGAUUAAGAUUAGACUUAUAUAUCAACCAGAUGGUGUGUAUCAUAUUGCAAGGCAGCACGAGGCAAAGGAGAGGAUCACGAUUUCUUAGCGAUCUGGUUCUCUGUCCAUUCCCA